CUGUCGGGGCCACGGCUGGCUAUCUGCGGAUCUGUUAACAGCAGUUGCUCCUCAAGCCCCGUAACCACGGCAUCAUCGGCUAGCGAAGCUCCCGGCGCCGCGGCCCUUAACGGAAACCCUUCAGUGAUUUCCUUCGUGACAUCCAGGCGCGACGUGAUAUAUCCGGGGUGUCGGGAUUGUUUUUCGAUCGAUUAGAAGGUGACCAUGGAUGGCCUGCCGGCCGGACGUGAGAGGAUAGUCGGAGUGGUUAGCUGCCGUUGAUGGGACACAGUGUGCACUGUUUCAUGUUGGACCCCGCGGUUUUGCAGUGAUGUAUGUAAAGGGGAAAGGGUGAGGGUGCCACAGGAAGCAAGGGAUACUCGAGACUAGGUGAACGGUUCCUGAGUCCUUUUGUAUAUGACAACGCGUCACCGACGAUCAUGGAUUCGAUGGAACGUUGUCUGUAGUCGUCCUUUGAACGGCAGAUUGUGAAUUUACUGAGAGUAUUGGAACGCGAACUCUGCGUUCGCCGGGGCCUCGAAGAUGAUGGAGGUUCAGCAACAGCACUCGCCGGUCGGGGUUGGACCCUUGGAUUUCUCGAGACGCGGCGUCGCCGAGGCCUCGGCCUUCAGGAUCGUCAAACCCAAACAGCCACCCUCCGCGAUGCCUCAUCAGCAGUCCCUCCCAACGGAAACAAACAACAAUAAUAACGAAAACGCACAGGAUAAUCCCCAAGUUCCACCAGCAAACGAAGGAGGAUGCAGCGUUCGGCUCGUAUUCCCCAGACUCUGGGCGCCCUUUGCUAACGCCAACGAGGUCACCAGUCUCCCACCACUUCCCCGAAGCCACUCCGAGCGCCUCUCCUUCGGCGUGGGAAGGCUGGUGGGUUCCCCGUCGACUAGGAGUCCGUCUCCGGUUCACUCCCUGUCGCCCGAGUCCCCCGGGGACGUGCGGAGCGGCGAGGGUGCGGAAGACGAGGAAGAGGAAGUCGACGUGGACGUGGAGGAAGUCGGCGACGAGGACGAGCGCGAGGCGACCUCCAGCCCGCCGUCGUCGCCGCAGAGCGUGACGAGGAACCCGGUGACGACCCACCCGCCGAAACGGUCAGGUGAUAGCUUCAGCGUCUCGGCGCUGCUGAGGCCAGACCCGCCGACGGCUCACCCGCGGAACGAUUCCCCCCUGAGGAACGGGGCGCCCCCCACGUCUGGCGCCCCCCCGCCGAUCCUCUACCCGCCCCUGCACCUCCAGGGUGCCUCUCUCCUGCCCCCGCACCCCCACCCUCACCCACUAUCCUACCUCCACCCCCACCUCCUACCCCAUCACCUCCUGCCCCCGCACCUCCACCCCCUGCUUCGCGGAGUUCAUCCUGGACACCCUGGGCUGCAUUCGGCACAUGCUGCACAUGGGCUUCACCAUCCUCAUCCCCUAGGCGAUGUUUACAGUUGCGUGAAAUGCGACAAAAUGUUCAGCACCCCUCAUGGGCUUGAGGUGCACGCGAGACGAUCGCAUAACGGCAAGAGGCCGUUUGCCUGUGAACUGUGCAACAAGACGUUUGGUCACGAAAUUAGUUUGACCCAGCACCGAGCCGUUCACUCUGCAGAGAAGGUGUUCGAAUGUAAGCAGUGCGGCAAGGCGUUCAAAAGGUCAAGCACCCUGAGCACGCACCUUCUGAUACACUCGGACACGAGACCAUACCCAUGCCAAUUCUGUGGCAAGCGUUUCCAUCAGAAGAGCGACAUGAAGAAGCAUACCUACAUCCACACUGGUGAAAAACCACACAAAUGCCAAGUAUGCGGCAAGGCGUUCUCCCAAAGCAGCAACCUGAUAACUCAUUCCAGGAAGCACACCGGCUUCAAACCCUUCGCGUGCGAGCUUUGCGGAAGAGCGUUUCAGCGGAAGGUUGACCUCAGGCGACACCGAGAGACCCAGCACGCCGACCUUGGCGCCCCGACCCACAGGCCUUCGGUAGGCUCCAUAUCCCAAAACAGCCUUGCAUCUGGAAAUCCGUCGAUGAUGCAGUAAUCGAGGGCCCAGCGUGGACGAGUUUUCAAUUUUAGUCUGUAUAAACGCUAGCAAUUUAUUCCGCGAGGGCGAAUUUAUUUCUCUUCAAUUCCAAGGAGCAGUAAGUCGAAGAGAAAGAGAUACGUGUAACAUAUAGCAAGACAAAGGAAUCCCAUUCCCGGUUUGUUUUACUCGAGAGAGAAAUACCGAGAGUGUACGGUGAAACUGAACAGAUUUAGCGUUACCGACUGCGCAUGCGCAAGCUUCGUCGGAUUUUCACACAAGCUGGCCGCGCCUCAAGCUUCAACUGUCAAACGUGACUUACGGAGGUUAUGUGGACGAUACUGAUGUUUUUAGGUUAAGCAGAUCUCACAUAGUUUAUAUAGUCAUUCGGAAAGGCUUGGAAAACUUUCAUCGUCAACUGAAUGAUGACUGAUUAACUAAUACGAUUCACCGUAACGACAUAAUAUUUCAAUUUGCAACUUGACGCGGCAGAGUCUCACAUCUCAUGCACUGUUUCGAGUUGGUUGGCUCACUUGCCUUGCAGACUAAAAUAUACCUGCGGUCCGAUCUUACAACCGGCCGAUAGAAUUCAAUUCUUUUACGCAUGCGCAGCUGAUCACUCAGUCUGCUAUUAAUUUCUCCGCUUUCUCUUGGUAUGUUCCUUUCCUGCCAUAUCGAUUUGUUCCCCGUUUUACAUACAUUUUUACUCCAGCAAUACGCGCGGGCAAGAAGAGUAAACAAUUAUAACUGGGAUUAUUCAACUGAUUACGGUCUGAUAAUCCUUUAAUCCGAUCUUUUAUGGAUUGUGCGUAUGAAUUUAAUUAUUCUCCUAAUACGUUAAUCCCGCCUUAACAACGUCUAGAUAAUUCACUCGCCAUACACCUGCAACAAAAUCGCUGCUGUCGCAUGUAUGAAUUACGUCAAGAACUCCUGUUCCGAAGCAAACAUCGCAGUAUAAUUAAUCACCUAAAAACUUUGCCUUAUAGAUUGAAGUACCGGUCGGUAAUACAGAGCGUGCGAUCAUCAACGAUCAGCCUUGUUGACAUAAUUAUACGAUCUAUAUUCAAACUGAAAUCGAUAAAGUGUGGAAAUGUAACUGUUUUCUACAAACCGUAUGAUCCUUGUCAUAUCAAAAUGCACAAAAAACUCACUGCAAACAGAUUCGAAAAAGUAAAGAGUUCUCCGAUACUUGAAGUACCGAGAAGGUAAAAAAAAAAAAAAUAAAAAUAGUACAAUGUUCUAUCAUACUGAUUGUUUCAGUUCGGCAACUUACAUUAAAUACUCACAGUGGAACCUGAAAGUCUAGAAUCAAGACAAGCGAAGUAAGAAACACAACAAUACAGAAGUGUUAUUUGCCAAUUUUCGAAACAUGCAUUCAGCUUGUAUCACGUAUAACACUGAGUUGUGAGAAGUCCACUGCAGACUUUCGACAGACAAUUGGAAAACGUUCACGAAUUUUAGUGUCUCAAAAAUCCCGCUGCAUUGAACAGUCAAGUUCGCAACGGCCAUGUUUGAAAUUGGAUCAUUCCGAGACAGCCAACUUUCUUAUUUUUGACUCCUUGUUACGCGCAUGAUCAAAAAAACAAAGUACAUCGAUUCGGAGGAUAAUAUUUCAGAAUUAACGUCACCCAGCGGCAGCCGAGCAAUUGAGAAAAUGGAAGGAGGAAGAAACAAAAGAGAAAAUAAAAUAGAGAGCCCGUAUGAUACAGAGUUUAAUUAUUUAUAAAUGUAAACGCGCGCUCGCGUCUACCGCGUGUGAAUUUUGCAUAUCUCAAACAGAUGUUGUUUGUAUAAGAAGGGCAUUGCCGCCCAGUUGCACCUGUGACCAACAUUGUAAAUAUUCUAUAUAACUGUAUAAUCUAUCCCUAUAUAGAGACGAAAUAUUAUUAUGUAUUAGGUAGACUCUCCUGAACCUGCACACUACACUUUUCUUCCCGGUGCGGGUGUACGAAAAGAAAAAAAAGAACGUCUUGCCAAAAAUCUCUCGCCAAAAUAAUAUUCUACCAACUUUCUCUAACGCUAUCAACUUUUUAUUGUU